UGUCUGCUGCAGCUUCACUCCAAUCAGCUUGGCACCCCGCACGUUCUUCUUGCCCUCCUCGUUUCACACCAACCUAAUUAGAUCCCCCAAGAAUGUCGAGCAAGACCAUCAUUGUCACCGGUGCCUCGAGAGGCAUCGGCCUCGCCAUUGCGAAGUACCUCCUCACUGCGCCGCAAUCGCACAAUGUCGUCGUGAUCGCCCGCAGCGUGGAGCCCCUCCAGAAGCUCAAGGAUCAAUACUCCCAGCAAGUCGCGGUCCUGAACGGCGACCUGUCCGACUUCUCCCUCGCUCAAAAGUCAGUCGACCUGGCGCUCAAGACCUUUGGCCGUCUGGACGGCAUGGUCCUCAACCACGGCAUCCUCGGGCAAGUCGGCAAGGUUGCGGAAGCCGACCCGGAACAGUGGAAGCAGGGAUUCGAUGUCAACUUCAUGAGCUUGGUCGCAUUUGUCAAGGCCGGUCUUCCAGCAUUGCGGGAGUCUAAGGGCAAGAUCAUCUUCACCUCGUCGGGUGCCGCAGUGUCCGCCUACAGGGGAUGGGGUCUCUACGGUGCGACCAAGGCCGCCAUGAACCACCUUGCCCUGACCCUGGGCGAGGAGGAACCCGAUGUCACCAGCAUUUCCAUCCGCCCCGGGAUGGUUGACACCGAGAUGCAGCGCCAGUUGCGCGAGGACCAUGCUACGACACUGGAGCCUCAGGUGCACGCCAAGUUCACAGGAGCCUACGAGAGCGGCAAGCUGCUCAAGGUGGAGCAACCAAGCCAUGUCAUGGCCAAGCUGGUGCUGGAUGCCCCGAGCUCGUUGACCGGAAAAUUCUUGAACUGGAACGACGCCCUCCUGGAGAAUUUCCAGGUAUAGAUCUACACUCGAAUCCUGCGUCCACUUUUAAAGCCAGUUAGCAUAUACUACUAUCGAAGAAAU